UCGGCAAGAUGAAAGCCCUCCUAGCGAUCAUCCUUGUGCUGUGCACAUACGCAGCUGGAUCACCAUCCUCGCGACAACGUCGAGAAAUCUACGGUGGUUAUGGACAUGGUUAUCAUGCUGGAUACUCUGGACACGGUGUUGCCUUGGCAGGACCAUUACUAGGUCAUACAAGUGUGGCUGGUCCUCGCGUUGGAGCAUCCGUUCUUUCCGGACCUUCGAUUGGACCAGCCAAAUUAUCAGGCUCAGCUUCUGGACCGGUUCACGUAUCUGGUGCUGUUGCUGGUCCAGCCGUUGUUACUGCUUCCGUUGCUGGACCUGCAUAUGUCGAAGGUUACAAUGGACCAUACGAUGGUGGAUACUAUAACUCUCCUUCUUUCGCCGGUUACGGUUACGCGGGUUCUCCUGGCUACGUCGGUUACGCAGGAUAUGCAGGAAACGCGGGAUACGCAGGACACGCAGGACACGGCGUUGUCCUCGCAGGACCUGCGUCCCACGGCGCCGUCGUAUCAGGACCUCAUUCUGGCGGCUCGGCCGUCGCCGGUCCUCAUGCCGGUUCGGUGAUCAUUGCUGGUCCCUCGGGAAAAAUCACAGCUCAUGGUGCCGGAUACGGUGGAGUUCAUGCUGGAUUGCAUAAUCACGGUCAUUGGUAACGAGAGUAUUGUCCCUUGAAACUCAUUUAAAAAUGUCCAAAAAUACUCGAUGUCUCGUUCACCAAUUAUUUUCUAUAUAUGAUGAUGAUGAUAGCUUCGUUCCUUCUAUUUUCUUCCUUUAUACUUUUUUUUAACUUUUUUCUUUUUUCUUUUUUUUUUUUUUUUUAAUAUCUUUCCAACCUUUUCUCCAACACCAACAAUGUCAUUCAUUAACUUGAUAUUAUUACUUAUCUCUCUUCCCUUUCUCUUUAUCUCUCUCUUUUCUUUUUUUCUUUCACUAUCUCUCUUUAUCUUUUCUUUUGAAAUAUCGUUCGCACAGUUUCACGACGACGCUAGGAGCAUUCGCGGUGCUUUCAGCUGAAUAUGCGUAUUUAUAACGAUGGUUUCCCCUUGUACGAGAAAAAUAAAUGUGUUCUCUUUCUGUAAAAACAUUUCCAGGAACUAAGAGAUUUCCAGGAAUUAGAGAUUCUUUUUAGGGGCGCAUCCUUUUUAAUCUGUUAUAAUUUCCACGCAAGAUACUUGUGCAGAACGGACGAUACUCGCAUGCAUUAAAUGUAAUUAAAUUUACUAAGGAAUUUGGUGGAAAAAAUUUGACAACAAAGAAGGAGCUUUUAAUAGAAAUUUAUAUGAAAAUAAAAUGACUGACAUGUAAAAUGGACAUGUUAAUCUAUGUAGAAUAGAAUCAGAUGAAUUCUUUUUCUUUGUAAUCGAUCGAUUUAUCAUAAGAUAAAAUUUAUUUAUAUACUUCCCUAUUAAAAUAUAUUUGAUAGAAAUAAUCA